UUAAAUCAUCAAUUAAAAUAGACAGUAGGACGUACGAGGGUGAGCAUCUGCGGGAUAUGGUUUUGAACCUCGUCGACUCCGCUGACUCCAAGCAGCAGUUGAUGAUGGAAACAAGUACGACGACCGGACGAAGAUGGAAUUCGUCGGGGAUAACGCAUCACCGGGAGAGUAUUAUAAACGUGGGUGCCUCGAGUGGCAAAAGAUUCCCCACUUAUGUCGAGCCCACCACUCAUCAAAAAAUAAAUCGCAUUAUUGAAGAGCACAAGACUAAAUCUUCGAGUGAACGCGCCAAGUCUUUGUCGUCCUCGUCUUCUUCAAAUCUGACGAAUUAUAUCGUCGCGUCGAGAGGUGAACUGUCACGGGGGUUUUUUAAGAUACCGGAAAAUUGUCGAAAUAAUUUUGUGCUGACGGAGAGACGAAAAAGUUCGGUCAGCGAGUUGGUGAACGGACGGGAAGAUUUGAGCAGAGCGAGGAUCAGUUCCAAGGGAAAUUGGGAUCGGAGGCGCGAGGACAGAUCAAGUUCUAGGUCGAGAAGUGUCAAGAAUAAAUCCGCUGCAAAAGACGGAUUGGGAGCUAUUCCACCUGGCAAAUUACCCACCGAUGGAAUACUAAAGCAAUCAAAUAAUUUUGUUUAUAAAUCCACUGACAAGGAAGUUUUGCGGGCGCUUAAAAAAAGUACGCCCAGUCGAGUGGUUAAAUCGACGAGUUACCAAACCCUCAGUACAUCCGAUUUUAAAAAAGACCCACGGAUUAAUUUCAAUAAUAAUAACAGUAACUCGCGAUUGGUUAAAAAAUCCGUGUCUUUUAGUUCGGACACGAGUUUCGUCGCCAAACGGUUGCCUGCGCGCAAACCUGCAGUCCAUGAAGCCAAAGUUUACCACAAAGGUGUCCUGAGAGACAUUAAAAAUUUUGACCAGCCAAAAAAAAAAGUGAGGGAAAUAAAGGAGAAUAUGAACCAGUUGCUACUGAAAGCCGCGCGCGACGCAGAUGAACUCGCGCUCAGUGACACGAUCUCCAGGAUACAGAGGUCCAGCAGCGAACCCAUUGACGUUAAUUUGAGAGACGCUAGUGGCAGGACGGUGAUAAGUUACCUGGCUGGUAAUGGUGCAGCUGAAGUGUUGGAGACGGUGCUGAAUUUUCCUGGUGCAGAGGUCGAUGCUGCAGACAAUGAAGGGAACACGGCGCUGCACUUUGCCGCUCAAGCCGGACAAGCCGAGUGUCUGAAUAUUUUGCUGCAGAAGAGCACGAGCGUCGAGUUGGACGCCCGCAACAUUUUAGGAUUCACUCCGCUGAUGAAAGCCGCGCUCCAAGGACGAACCAAGUGCGCGAAAAUUCUCCUAUUUGCUGGAGCCAACCCAACUCUGAGAGACCACGGGCGAGGGUUAAAAGCCGAGCAGUGGGCGAGAUUUUGCGGGCGACAUGUGUGCGCUGACGUUAUCGAGCGGUUCACUAGGCAUCGAUUGAUGGAAAAGACUUCCUGUCGCUGGGGAAGCGAACCAGAGCUCGCGGCAAAGGUUCUCCAAGGAAAGGUCCUGCCGGUUCCAUUUACUCCAGUGCCGGUGGCAUCGUCCGGAUUUAAAUCAAAACUCAAGCGCGUCUUCCGCAAUGUCGGGGCAGACAAAAGUUUCUCGUUGGUUUCCCAGCUCACCAAUGCCGCUCUGUGUGCCAGCACACCCGCGUUACCUAAACCUGGUGACGCUCCAGUUAAAAAUCUUAUCAGGCCGCUUAAUAUUCCUCAGCUCAGAGUGACGUUAGUCGCGCCUAUAGACAUAAUCGACAAGUGCGAGGUAAAUUACACGGAAAAACUUGAAGGUACGACAAAAAAACCACCGCGUUUAAAAAAAAAGACAAAGUAGCAUCAGUUUAGAUCGUCGUCAUUAAUAAAUUGCUGUGGUUUUCACGGGACACCGGUACUGGAUGACAAGAGUGUAAGUUUCCCAGUUUUGGAUGCUCGCUGGACGAGCAACAAGACGCGACGAUUAUUUCAAAAAUAAUCAAUCAGUUCGCCGGGUAAGAAAACUUUUCUCUUCUCCGACGACUGACCAACGAAAUCACUGAUCACAUCCGCGCUCACUUUUUUAAUUGCCUCCAUGUACCUACGCCGCGGUAAUUAAAAUUUUAAAAUCACGGUCGUGGCGGUUCGUUAUAAAUCACAAAUAAAAAUAACUAAUUUAUAAUAUUAAAUAUUUAUAAAUUAUAUUUGAUUAUAAAAUAUAGAUGCGCUAAGCGCAGAGUCAAAGACUCGGUGAUAGACUGAUGGAAAGACAAUGAUUGCAAUAAAUAAAUAAUAAAUAUAUAAUGUAUAUUAAAAUCAUCCAUUGCGACGAUUUUUACGUUGUCGUCGAUUUUUUUUGCUCGAUAAAAUUUCGUACGCCUGCUGGAUCUCCAUAAAUCUGUCCUGCGCAGCUUUACGCUCUUCGUCCGAACCUUUUACUUUGUCAGGAUGAUGUUCUUUGGAUAACAUCCGCCAUUUAGUUGUGAUCUCACUCUCUGAUGCUGUUUGAGAUAAACCGAGGACCUGAAAUAAUUAUAAAUAAAUAUAAAUAUAAAUACAUAUAUAUAUAUUUACUACAUUUAAAAAUUAUAAAUAUUUAUAAUAAAUUAUUUUCUACAUA